AUGGCGAGACUCCAUACCCUGUGGAUCCUUCUCUUUGCAUGUACGGCAAAUGAAGCGGUGGCUGCUGCAGGACGUGCUCAGGACUUCGCGUGCCUCACCGACUACGACAGCGAGCUGGUUUGUCACUGGGAGGUGCCUGCGCAAACGAAUUGCUCCAGGGAAUUCCUGCUCUACUACAGGGAGGAGUUUUUAUUUCUGACAAAUCACGUGUGCGUCCCUGAGAAUGGAGAAGACGGUUCAACGUGCACUUGCACCAUACGUCGCAGUUAUUUUGUGUCGGGCAUCACAUACAUUCUAACUCUGCAGUUCAAUGGGACCGAGGUGUGGAAUUACAGUGUCACGCCAGCCCUGGUUGUUAAGCCAAGGGCCCCCAAAAAUCUUGCCAUUGAGAAAACUGAAAAUGGUAAUUUCAAUCUGAGCUGGGAGGAGAGCUACUCUUCUUCAUCCAUGCUGUCUGGGCAGCGGGCCAUCUAUGAAGUGAAAUACUGGAGGAAGCAGCACCCAGCCGAGGUUUCUGUAAAAGCAAUUAACUACCAGGCAAAAAGCUUUGAAAUUACUGCGAGCUCCUUGAGGAGAGGCUAUGACUACGUGGUGAGUGUGAGGUGUAACUACACAGACUACCCGGCCUACUGGAGCGAGUGGAGCGAAGAAGUCGAGUUUCACUAUGAGUGA